AGACACAGUUCUGCGGCUCUUCUUCGUUCGACUACUCUCCAUACAGCGGUUGCAAAAACUUCAAAAUGACCAUUGAUUUCUACUACGCUUCGUGGAGUCCGCCAUGCAGGACUGUGGAAUUGGUGGCGAGCAUCCUGAGUAAGCUCAAUCCAAUUGUGACGACACCGAGCAAAGGAGAUACGCAAAAACUUGAAUACAAACAAUUGACCCCUCAGCAUACGAUUCCGACCAUUGUCGACGACGGUUUCGUUUUGAGCGAAAGCCGUGCAAUUUGCAAAUAUCUUGUAGAAAAAUACGGUUCUGACACUGGACCAUAUUCCAAAGAGCAACUCUACCCGAAAGAUAUUCAGAAAAGAGCAACGAUUGAUCACCGCAUCGAUUUCGAUUUGGGAGCUCUGUACAGAAGAGCAUCCGAUUAUUUCGGUCCAGUGUUCGCGGUUGGCCACUACGGAACUGCUGCUUUACCGAAAUUAAAAUCUGCCUUAGAAAUACUCGACGCAUAUUUGGCAAGAACAAAAUGGGUAGCCGGACCCGAAGUCACCCUCGCCGAUAUCGUCAUAGUGGUCACUAUAUCGUGUUUGGAGAUUGUGGGAUAUGAUCUGACCAGUUAUCCUAACGUAUUGAGAUGGUUUAAGGCCGCACAGACAACUUUACCCAAUUACAACGAAGCCAACCACAAAGGAACAGUCGAAUUUAAAGAAUAUCUGUUUUCAAAACUGCUAGAUAAUUAAAAACCUAUCAAACAUUUUAAAUAUUAUUUUACACCAUUUGUUUACUGAUGGUGUUAAAAAGUCAUAAUGAUUUAAAAGAUGCAGUUUGUAAUAAUUCAAAUUUUAAAAAUACUUCAAAGUGAAAUAUUUUUACUAUAGAUUAAUCAUAUGUCCAUAGAAAAAUAUGUUUUAAUGAAUAAUAAUUAUACUUAACAUUUAUUGA